AUGCUACCGGAAAUGGAAUCUCUCACUACCGAUCCACAAGACAGCCGUACUCACUUUCGCUUCGUAGAGUUGCCAGGCGAAAUCCGAAAUCAGAUCUACUUAUACGCCAUAUACCCGGAGCUCAGCACGGUCAUUGUCUGUAAUUGUGAAAAGCCAGAGCAUUUCGGCUCGCGCAUACUCCGGCUUCCGCUUUUCCGCAUCUCACGCCAAAUCCGAGCCGAGUCUCUCUCAUUCCUCUGCGCCACCAAGACUUUCAAAAUCCUGGGUAUUGUCACCGCAAAUGCCUUCUUUCAGGUUAUUGGUACGGCGAUUGGCAAGAUGAAGAGCAUGACACUUCUUCAACCCCUAAGUGAGAUCACACCGUCAUGUAAGGAGCGUACAGACCGAUUUUUUAGCUCCAUGACAGAUGCGAAAGCGUUGAAAGAGUUUCGCUUGGAAGGAUUGGGAAACUGGGUUCCUCUAUGCAAUGAAGGAGAGUACUACACGUUUGUGAGACGGGUGCGGAGCCUGGGACAGGGGAAAGAUAUUGAGAUUCAUGUUCGGUUUGGGAAGUACGGAUAG